UUUGGACGAGAGCCUGCUUAGAUUUGCCCUCCGGCCUGCCUGGCCCGAAUCCAGAUUUCCGGUUGGAUCGAAGCUGCCUGAACUCGAACGAUCCGAGCCAGGGUAGCUCCUGGCCAUGCUAUGCGGGCUCAACCCUCGGCCUCGCUCGAUCGUCAAUCAUGAAAGCUCGGUAGUAUCUGGACGACUGAACGACGGCAAGUGUCCGAGCGCAAGGGUAGCGGACGUGCCGCUGGAUUCUCUCUGCGUCACAGACCGAGCUCAGCGAGCAGGCCGCGGGUGGUGGACUUUAGUCGCCAUGUCGGCGGAUCCAGGGCUGCAGAUCCAUUACAAAAAAUUAUUUCCCGAGUCCAAUUGGCUAGCCUCCAAUUCUUGUCGAUACAUACACGAAAGUCACGAAGAUGCUUCGGCCUUUGAAGCAAGCGAGCAAGGAAGGAAGCAAGGCAGGCUGCAGAAAAAGCGAAGAGGAUUUUGCGUGAUGCUUGAUCUCGUUGUGAAUUUUUGGUUGCAUCUGCGCGAGUCGCCUGUCCCCAACAGCCAGCCCAUGGACUGAUGUUCGAGCGAACAAUGCGCUGCCAUUCCGGUCGUACCCGGGAGAGGAGGCGGGAGCGCUACAAAUCUACGGAUCUCGGCGUGUAGUCCAGAGGGGCGGGGCUCAUGGUUCCCCACAGGAGUAUCACAUUCACUGACGCGAGGACGACAGCACGAGCGAGUCGACCCGCACGAGCUGGCACCUGAAGGGAGAAGCGGAAGAUUCAAGAGAUCAAAAAGUGCCCGCAGGGUCGAAAUCCAAGCACGAUCGUGUGGGAAGAGGAGGAGGCCUGCCCUGCGCUCGCACCUGGUCUACCUAGGUCAAAGAAGCACCUCCCGGGCCGACUCGCCUACACUGAAUACAUUCCCGCUUGGACAGCACCCAGCGAAAUGGAUCGGUAGCCUGGCCGUAGCUGGGACACGGAUCAGAGCUCAUCCAGCUUUGCCAGCCAGUGUGGAUCAACUGUAACGACCUUUCUGGAAAUAUCAACAUCGUAACCGACGUAACCUCCUCGUAUGUCUCUGAUUCAGCUUUACGCACGCGAUGGAACGAUGCACAGCCUCGGGCCCACGGGCGAAACAUUUGAUCUGGACCUGAUUUCGCCGCGACUGCACUUCUCUUCUUUUGCUCUUUCGUGCCUCCCCUCGCCCUCCAGAAGUCUAAAAGGCUCUCGUCUUUCUCGUCUUUCUCGCCUUUAUGAAGCGAUGUGCCAAGCUUACUCCUUCGUAAAGCGAUGGAUGCAGCAUGAGCAUGAGCGCUGUUAAAGAUUUGCAACAUGUCCACCGAAAUGUGGGUUUCCAUUAUGGAAAGAAAACGACAUACCAAGCGAUCCUGCACCAUCCUGUAAAUGGGAAUAACGAGUCACGCUUCUUAAAGGUCGAGCUCGGUUCUUCCAGUCCUGUGGAUAACACCGAGGCGAGGUUCGAUCACCGCAAAUCUGGUCAUGAGGAACCGCCUUUUGUUUUAAAGAAAGCUGCUGUUCGUUAUUUCUUCAUGGAGAUGUUCAUCAUGACGAGGUCUCCUAAUCAUCGUCACACGACACUUUUUAGUCCAUGAUGGUCCGGAAAUUCCGAGAGCAGUUCAUGUCGAAGACUGCGAUCUAGCGAACUCGAAUGCUCGUGAAAGCUCAGCGAAGAAGAAGAAGACCGUCAUCCUUAAUGACGGCAUCGAUGAAGCAAGCAGGGCAGCCAAGCUGUUACCAUAAACUACUCCAGUAACCACUUCCUGCUCCAUGGAGAUCUCCGGAUCCCAAGGAAAAGCUACAUGCUGCCAAUACUUUCGGGAAAUCCUUCCGUCGCUCAAGGGUCCCGGGAGGUCAUUUCCUUCAACUCAUGUCUGUUCAAGAAUCAGUUUGGGGAAAUUGGGUUGCCGUUGCAUCACAUCCAUCUCUGAGUUCCUCAAGCGGGCUGGAGAUCAGAGAGUGCAAAAGCGGGUAACAUUAUAAUGACCCGAGGACCAUGAGAUACAUAAAGCGCACUACUGCCAAGAGCACGCACAAUAAAGACGAAGGAACAGACCGCCCAAUCCAACCCUUGACCUAUUAACUACUUUACGUUCGUGGAGCGGCAAGUCCUUGUGUAGGCAGGAUCCUUGCAAUUCACUUGAUUUGGUUCCGAAGAUUUCCCUUGUCUGCCCUUUUGAGUUCUGCAAAUGGAAACGAACUGGAGGAGACGUAUGAAGGUGAAACUCCGCACCCCUGCCCUUGUGCCAGUGACGAUGGAUAUGGAAAAAUGAAGACGAAGGGCUAGGCUCAAUGGGCGAAAUGGACACCCUUGACUGUAUGUAUGCAGUCAUCGGCG